AUGGAGGAGAAAGCAGAGAAAGUGAAAGAGACUGAAAAAGGGAAAGGGGUCAUGGUGGUGGUGAUGGACACUCCAGAAAGGAGCAAAAGCAACCAGGUUACAACAUCCACCAACAAAUUUGAGGACUCUCCCGUCUUUAAUUUUCUCAACAACCUUUCCCCCAUUGAACCAGUUAAGUCCAUACACAUUACUCAGACAGUCAAUACUCUUAGUUUUGCAUCGAUUCCAUCAAUUUUCACUUCCCCCCAUGUCAGUUCCCUGAAGGGUUCUAGAUUCCUGAAACGGCAUCAACUUGCAGAUCCAUCAAAACCCGAGUUUGCUACAGAUGGUGGAAACACAAUUGAUAAAAAUGACCCAAUUAUAGAUGGUGCUAAUAAAUCAGACAAAUCACAUGAAAUUCUUUAUCCAGAGGGUUCCGUUGAAGAAGCAAUCUAUAAGCCAUCUUAUGAAUGUUCAAAGCUUGAAAUCAAGCUCGGUCAAAGUCUCGUGUAUGAUUCACGAUGCUCUCACUCCAUCUUAACAACUAGCAAUGACCUUAGUGCCAAACACAGUGCAGAAUAUGCUUACACUUCCUCAACAUUUGCUCCGUUUAUUCAAGAGGCCUCCCAGAAAGGUUUAUAUGAAAGUCGAGAAAAUGAGGAGGGCGCAAACCAAAUUGAUCAGGACAACGAGGCCACAGGAUGCGACUGGGAGAGUUUUAUUUCCAGUGCCGUUGAUCCUUUAAUUUUUGAAUCACCCAUUAACACAGAGUUUUGCAAGAAAUCAAUGCAAUCUGGGGAAAGUUUCUAUGCUAAUGUUAGUAAUAAUAUGCAGAAUACCCUGUCCUUCAGUGAAGCAGGUUCGGGUGAACAAGUUGGUGAGGGAAGUGCAACUGAAAAUCCAUCCAGUCAACUUGGAGAAGGAAGUGAACUGAAGGAAAUUGCUGAGACCCAUGACAUGGUUGCGGGUUGUUCUACAAGCAAUCCUAGUGAGAACAUGGAUAAUGAGCUUGAUUCUGGAUUGUAUCGAGGUGUGAGAAGGCGCUGUCUGGUUUUUGAGACAGCGAGGGCCCUCAGAAAGCAUUUGGACAAGAAUUCGGCUUCUGAUUCUCCUCUGUUGAUGCAAUCUGAUGGGAACACUUCAUCCAGUGAUGGACAACGAAUAUCUACAAAAGACAGAAGUGAUUCUUCACGGUGUGUUUUAGCGGGCAUUGGAUUGCACUUAAAUGCUCUCACGACAACUCCUAAGGGCUACAAAUUUGUUGCCAAGUUUCGUACUCCGGCUCCCCAGGAAGAGUUGUUAAACAAUUCUUUGGCUGUUACCAUGCUGGAUAGAGAAGUUAGUACUGUUGAAAAUGGUGUCCCACCUGUGGAAGAUGAAUCCCAGGCAUCUGGAUAUAUAGUCAAUGAAGAGAUCACUCAGAGUAGUCCAAAGAAGAAAAGGUCUAAAUUGGAACUAGCCGGAGAGGGUGAAGCCUGUAAGCGAUGUAACUGCAAGAAAUCAAAAUGCUUGAAACUUUACUGCGAAUGUUUUGCUGCCGGUGUCUACUGCGUGGAGCCAUGUUCCUGCAUUGAUUGCUUCAAUAAGCCUGUCCAUGAAGACACUGUCCUUGCAACACGCAAGCAGAUUGAAUCCCGAAACCCACUUGCUUUUGCUCCCAAAGUGAUUAAAGGCUCUGACUCUUUAUGUGAAACCCGGAGUGACUCCAGCAAAACUCCUGCUUCAGCUCGACAUAAAAGAGGAUGCAACUGCAAAAAAUCUGGUUGCCUGAAGAAAUAUUGUGAAUGCUACCAGGGAGGUGUUGGAUGCUCAAUUAACUGCAGAUGCGAAGGGUGUAAGAAUGUCUUUGGUAGGAAGGAUGGCACAGAAGUUGAGCUGGAAGAAGAUGAAGGUGAUAUAACUGAGAAGAGUAUGGGGGACAAGAGUUUGCAGAAAACUGCAAUCCAGAACAACCUAGAGCAGAAUCCAGAUUCAGCUCUCCCUGCAACACCUUUACAGUGUGGAAGAUCUUUGGUUCAGCAUCCAUUCUCCUCAAAGAAUAAACCCCCUAGAUCUUCAUUUCCUUCUAUAGGCUCAUUUGGAAAGAUCGGCAAUUUUGUAGCUCAAACCAAGUCUGAUAAGCAUUUUGGAAAUGUCCAGGAAGAUGAAAUGCCUGAAUUUGGUCAAGGGGGUUCUCCUAACAGUGGCAUCAAGUCAUCAUCUCCCAACAGCAAGAGAGUCUCUCCUCAUCAGAGUGGAUUAGGAACAUCCCCCGAGGUGAGGAGAGGCAGAAAGCUGAUUCUUCAAUCUAUUCCAUCAUUUCCUUCUCUCACCCCCAAGCAUUGA